AUGUCUUUAGAAACAAGCAUUGAAAAGACAUUUAUUCUUCCGCCACUAAUUACUGGCAAUAAUUCAAUAUUAAUAAAGUCACUAGGAGAAGAUUGGCUUGCAAUAGGAGUGCACCCUGACUCUCUGCAUGUGUUUUAUAAUGAUUCUUUAAAAGAAGUUUGGAAGUUUUCGGCAGAACUUGUCGAUGUUUCACUUGAUACUUUAUAUUCGCCUAACGUUAUGAAUCUGAAGAAUAAUCAAAAAUAUGUAUUGGUAUCAACUGUCGAUGGUUCACUCUGGCGAAUUCAAACACCAGCACAAAGAAAUAAACGAAGUUUUGGUACUGAUGAGAAUUCUAAUAAGCUAAAUAACCAUAUAAAUUCAUCAUCACGAACUUUAUUUUCACCACCAAUCGUAACAAACGUUCGAGAUGAGCAUCGAAUCUAUAAAAAGGCAAGCUUUCAUCUACCCGAUGUUGUUGGCCUAUUAAUUUGUUGUCAAAAUGGAGAAUUAUUGUUUACCUCAACAAUCGAUAAAUCGCCAAGCAAUCAAGAUUACCCGAAAUUUAUUACCUUGAACAUUUUUAAAGAGUUAUUAUGUUCUGGAGGCGCAUACCCUCCGAUGAACACUGAUCAAACAGAUAUCUUAAUAACGGGAACAUCAAAAGGAUGGGUAUCUUAUCAACCACUCGUUCUUGAUACACCAGAACCAAUUCCGUUCACUUCCAUGAAUGAACCAAUCAACGCAAUCUAUACUUUACAUAUAAAUCAUGAGAAUGCAUCGAAUGGUAACUUAAUUGCGCAUAAUGCAAUGAUUUUGGUGGGAACUCAAGGAACCAUUCGAUUGUCCUUUGUCAAGGAGAAUGAUUCGAAUUCUCUAGAAAAAGUAUUAGUUAGAGAAUAUUAUGUUCCUGAUCCUGUAUACUCGUCUAAUCUUUACAUGGAUCGAUUAAUAUUAAUAGUUAAGGAUGGUCGCGCAAUGUAUCUUGACUUUUCUCAUCACGUGAUUGUUGACGGAAAAUUGGCCCCAAUUAACAGUAAAUCUAUUGAUCUCCCAAAAAAUAUACUUGGCUUGUGCUGUUCAACAAAUUCAAAUGGCAGUGGAAAAUUAUUUGCAAUCACAAAAGAUGGAAGAUUAAUUCGAAAUAACUUGACAGUUGAGAAUGAGCAAAAUCCUCAUUUCAAAUUGUCGACACUCGAUAUAAGAAAUGAAUUGAGGAAACAGAUUGAAAGUAUUAGUAAAUGUUCUGCGGAACAACGAGAAUUAGAAAUAGUUCAGAAUGUAUUAAAUAAUCUUUUUUUAUUUGAACAUGCUUUCACUGCUUCACUUCUAAUCAAUUAUCAAUUUGAACAUCGAGUAGGAAUUGAAUUCUGCAAUUAUGAGUCGAAACUUGGAUAUACAUGA